AUGGGAGAAGAUACCUCUACUCUGCCACCACCAUAUACGCCUGCACCCCCAGUACCCCGGGAACCCUUGGACUGCUGGGCAUGUGCCGUGCUGAUCACUGCCCACAACCUGUUGGUGGGAGCCGCCAAUCUGGGGAUCUUCAUCGUGAUGUGCGGAGGAGCUCUGGUGCCAUCUGCUGUCAUGCUUCUCUAUGGGUUCCUGUGCCACCCACGGUUCCGCAAGCCUAAAGAGACGCUGUGCCCGGCGAUGCUGACCCCGGCGGCCUGCGUUUCUCUGCUGGUCUUCGGGGUCCUGUUGGUCUUGCCCUUCCUGAUCCUCGGAUUGGCCGGUUACGCUCGGAUCGUACGCUGCUUCCAGCUCAGCUCCUGCUUCCUGCCCUACAGCCGCGCCAUGUAUCAGGGAACCCCACCCCAAAGACCCCCGGCCAACGAGAGCCCCAAGGAUGGCAAAGCCUGGGUGUGAGGAGGCCCGGGGCCACAGAGACUAUACCACACCACU